CUGAACAUGCAAAAUGCAUUUUAUUUGCGUUAAAAAUGUUUCGAGAUGUUUAACUCAAAUUUUGUGGCAGAAUCAAAAAAAUGUUUGUAUAAAUGAUAAUUUUGUAAUGGCUGAUUUUGAAGUAAUCCAAAUGUAUUCGGAUUAAAUUAAAUGUUUUCUAAUUCAAUGGAUUAUGUUACUAAUAAAACAAUUGCUAUGCAAUGUUUGUAUUAGUAACUGACUGCAUUGCAAAGUAAUCGGACCCAAUGGUCGUUAUUAGUAUGGUAAUUUAAAUGUAGAAUUAGUAAUACUGGAUAGUUUUACAAUCACUUGUGGGCACAACGUUUGUCGGGCCACAAGAGGGAGUCAGAAUAAAAGACAUGCAUUUUGCGCCCUUUUCAAAUCUCACAGGGUGCUUUAUCCUGAAGUCUCCACAAUCGGCACGGAGUAUGCUCCUACCAUCUGUCCAUUUUAACCGACAUUGCAUCAGCAACCUGUAGAUAAUGUAGACUAAAUGUAUUUUUCUAUAACGAACUGAACUAAGCCGGUGUGUUGAUGAUGGGCGGACUGCUUCGCUUUGCUCGCUAGCUCCGCCCGCUAGCUGUGUCUCCUCAGCCCUCAUUCAAAACAGAACACAGCUGUUGCGAGGCGCAUCGUCGUGUCCUGGUCGUUAGCUAACAACUGUUAGCUGUCUGCUGCUGUGGGUUUCUGAUGCACCCACUGGAAUAUUAGAAGAAGGAAGAAGAAAACGACACACUUCGAGAGCAGGAGCCAGCCUCAGAGAAACACAGGACUCAAUAGACAAAAGCAGCAAUACAGAACAACAGGCUAACCUCACCUCCAACACUAUGCGCAUCUGACACACAACUGAGGGCCGGGCGGGCUUUACUGCAGCUGAGGAUGAUGAAUGGUCUCGUGCGCUAGAGCUAGAUGGUGUGGGAAUGAUGGACCUCCCUAAUGGCCAGUCAAUCAUCACCACCACCGCUGCAUCACUCUCUGAGAAGAGCAGCAGCUCAGAGUCUCUCAGUGAUAAGGGUUCCUCGGACCUGAAGAAGAGUUUUGAUGCUGUUGUGUUCGAUGUGCUGAAGGUCACCCCCGAAGAAUAUGCAGGCCAGAUUACACUCAUGGAUAAUCCUGUGUUCAAAGCCAUCCAGCCAGAGGAGCUGUCAAGCUGCGGCUGGAACAAGAAGGAGAAGCACAGCUCUGCUCCAAAUGUCGUGGCCUUUACUCGCAGGUUCAACCAGACGAGUUUCUGGGUGGUACGAGAGAUCCUCCAUGCGCAGACGUUGAAGAUCAGAGCUGAGGUGCUGAGUCUCUACAUUCGCACUGCCAAGAAACUGUGUGACAUGAACAACCUCCAUGCGGUCAUGGCUGUGGUGUCAGCGUUACAAAGUGCCCCCAUCUUCAGGCUUACCAAAACAUGGGCGUUACUGAGUCGGAAGGACAAGGCCACGUUUGAUCGUCUCGACUACCUGAUGUCCAAAGAAGACAACUAUAAACGUCUGAGGGACUACAUAAGCAGCCAGAGCAUGGUCUCUUGUAUACCAUACCUAGGGAUGUACCUGUCCGAUCUGACGUAUGUAGACUCGGCCUAUCCCUCCACGGGCAGCAUACUGGAGAACGAACAGAGAUCCAACCUGAUGAACAACAUUCUCAGAAUCAUAUCGGACCUGCAGAGAUCCUGCACCUACGAUGUGCCAGUGUUGACUCAUGUACAGAAGUAUCUCAACUCAGUCAGGUACAUCGAGGAGCUGCAGAAGUUUGUGGAGGAUGACAAUUACAAGUUGUCGCAGAAGAUUGAGCCAGGCACCAACACACCACGAGUAAACGCCUCCAAAGAGGAUGUUGUCGGUAAGUUUGGCCAGGAAGCGUCAGCAUCUCCUCUCUGCGGCCGUAAAUGUACAAUAGCAGCUGAAGGAACCAAAGUCCCGGCCACACCGCCCUCCCCCAGGAACCUGCUGCCCUACGGACACAGGAAGUGCCACAGCCUGGGAUACAAUUUUAUCCAUAAGAUGAAUACAGUGGAGUUUAAAAGUGCUACGUUCCCCAAUGCGGGCUCUCGCCACCUGUUGGACGACAGUGUUAUGGAGAGCCACAGUCCUACCAGGGGACACGCAGAGAGCUCAACUCUGUCCAGUGGUAUUUCCCUUGGGAGCAGCGAGGGCUCUGAGCUCAGUGAAGAGGUGUCUUGGCCAGCUUUUGAGAGGACUCGGUUCUAUCACUCUCUGGGCCCAGUGACCCGUGUGGCCCGCAUCCCCUACAGAGGAGUCCUGAGGCCCAGCAGCUCAGCGGAGUCCGAGGAGCUUGCAGUUCACCUCUAUCCCGGAGCAGUGACAGUGCAGGGGGUGUUGAGACGGAAGACUGUGCUCAAGGAGGGCAAGAAACCAACAGUGGCGUCAUGGACCAAAUACUGGGUCGCUCUUUGCGGGACCCAGCUCUACUACUACCCUGCCAAGUCCCUGAAGGCCACAGAGAGAAAACAUUUCAAGUCCUCGUCCAGUAAGAGUGUGUGUGUGGUGGGUCUAAUGGCAAUGAUGGCUGACGAUCCAGAGCAUCCCGAUGUUUUCUUGCUGACUGACUCCGAGCACGGCAACACCUACAAGUACCAAGCAGGGAACCGAAUGAACGCUUUGCUCUGGUUCAAACAUCUGAGUGCUGCCUGUCAGAGCAACAGGCAACAGGUGCCAGCCAAUCUGAUGUCAUUCGAGUAACCGAUGCUAUGAAAUGUGUCUGAGCAAAGGGAGAGAGGGAUGAGGAACCAGACGAGGAGGAGGAGGAGGAGAGGAGGAGGAGAGGAGGAGGAGGAGGAGGAGGAGGAGUAUUGACUCAGUAGUGGGAGCUUUCACUGCCAUGAGCCCUGAUCUCCGAUUCUAUCCCCGGCCUCACUGCAGCCUCACCUGCCACCACUGCCUUAACCAGAGUACCCUGUGUGUGUGUGUGUGUGUGUGUGUGUGUGUGUGUGUGUGUGUGUGUGUGUGUGUGUGUGAGUGUGCGUGCUUGUCUAUGUUAAAGAGAAUGCAAGUGUGUGUGUGUGUGUGUGUGCGUGGAUGGAAGUAAGUGUUUUGGGUUUACUGACUACUGAACAAGGACCUGCACCACUGCUCGUGUCUCCAAUUUGCUCUCAGUGUAUUUAGUUUUUACUGUCCAGCACUUCAGUGGAGCCGCUCGCCUCCUCCUCUCCUCUCUCGCAGACAGAUGAGCAGUCCUCGGAUGGACAGAAAUAAUCCGCUCCUCCGUUGUUGUUUUUUUAAAGGGGUUAAAUAUUUUUAUUUGUGUCCCCGCCACGCUCAAAUGCAAGAUUUCCGCCUUCGGCUGGACACACAAUCACAACACGCACUCUCACAUCGGACUAACCCGUUGGACUUUGGAGGGUUUGAAAAGUCUUUUAGUUACUUGGUUCACACUUUAAAUUGUUGUUCUCUUCAUUCACUUGGUGUUGGCUUGGAGUCACAUGCUUAUUUACAUUAACCGCGCACUCACACCCUCACACACAAACACACACAGGCCUAAUUGAUCACGUCGUCGUAAAAGCGUAAGGGCUCUGAUUCGCAAUCGAUUCCAGCAGAAACAAUUCCCACACUUCCUGAAUGUGUCUAGUUUUUAUUAUAGAACUCUGCCCCCCCCCCCCCCCCCCCCUUUUUUUUUUUUU